AUGCCAGCGACAGGAAAGGCCCUCUGCUUUUCUUCCCAGCAAAGGUUGGCUCUGAGAAACCCUCUGUGCCGCUUUCACCAAGAAGUGGAGACUUUCCGGCAUAGGGCCAUCUCUGACACUUGGCUGACCGUGAACCGCAUGGAGACGUUCAGGAAGGUGCAAACACAAGUUCGCCUUGCCAAAAAAAGCUUUGACAAAUUGAAGAUGGAUGUGUGUCAAAAAGUGGAUCUUCUUGGAGCAAGCAGAUGCAAUCUUUUGUCUCAUGUGCUAGCAACAUACCAGACCACUCUGCUUCAUUUUGGGGAGGAAACUUCUCACACUAUGGCAGCCAUCCAUGAGAGCUUCAGGGGUUAUCAGCCAUAUGAAUUUACCACGUUAAAGAGCUUACAAGACCCUAUGAGAAAACCGGUGGAGAAAGAAGAAAAGAAGAGGAUCGCCCAGCAGGAAAGUGCAGAGGCCGCGGCGGCCAAGUCAGUUACUUUCACUGGAGGAUGA